UUGAGCAAAUGAAACUCCUGUAUCAGGACGAGAAGAUGAGAUCUAUAGAAGUUUCCAAAGGGGCCAAGAUCCAUUACACGCUCAGACAGAAGAUUCGGCAUAAAAAGAAACUCCUGAAAUUAAGGUUGAAAAAUUGGCUGAAAAGUUUGACAUCCUGUCCAAAAGAUUCUUGGUUUCAUAAGAAGGCAGUCUUACUACGAACGGAUGGAACGUUUGAAAAUUACGUCCUCAAAAGUGUUUUCGGGUUCCUUGGUGGAAUAUUCCUAACCUACAUGUUCUUCAUGUUUUUCGUAUUCCAAUUGAACUUCACCCUAUCAUCUGCAACGCUGUUCAGCUCAUUUUUGGGGAUUAUUUUGACCAUCGGCUUGGCGUUUUCCAACCGUGUCAGAUGCGUAGUGUUCCUACUCCUGCCGCAAUUCUUCUCGAAACGUGGACGCCAAGCCCUUAUGGCCUACGCUUUCAUACUGGCAUUAACUGGUCCAGCAAAAAAUACCUUACACAACGUGGGUGUUUUAUCGGAAUCGCUGGCCUGCGGACAAGAAAAACUGAAAGCUGCGGUAAGAGCUAUCGUUGAUCUGAUUAAAGAACCAUUCUAUGCUCUACGAGAUGCGAUAGCUAAAGUUAUGAAAUCGUUAAAAAAAGUCAUAAAAAAAAUCAAACGGGCUUUAUUAGCUGUAAAAAGAAUCGUGCUAAGCAUACUUAAGGUAAUCAAAGCCGUAUUUCAAUGGCUCGGCAGCAUAAUGAAUAUAUGCAACAAAAAACUGGGCACACCUUUUGAGCGGUGCGAAAAGGUGUUUGACGGAGCUGUGGCCGAUUGCAAAGCUUCGCUUGGACCUUUUUUUGGCGCGAUAUGCAACUUGGCAUACGUUGCAGGUCUGCUAUGUUGGAUAGUAAAACCCUUUGACAUAAUCUGCAUGCUGGUGUUGUUCAUCUCGGACAGCAUCGUCGAUGUAGUGAGGAAAAGGAUCAACAAGUUUACGAAGCACGUGAAAGCGAUGUUUUAUGUGAAGGUUAAAUUUUCACACUCCUUCCAUUUUGAAACGAACCAGAGUAAAAGUAUUGACGAAGUUGCCACAGGAAUUGUGACGGAGAUAAGAUCUAGAACAGAUAGAUUCUUGACCGUUUUUGAUUGGAUGAGUCUCGUGACGAGUUUGUUUUUCCUGUUCAUGAUGCUUAGAGUAAUAUAUUAUCGAAACAAGUGGUUGACAAGUGAGAGAUUUGACAAUCGCUAUCUCACUGAUGACCUGCGAGAAAUAGAUCUGAGAAGAGCGAGACUUGAUAAGGAGACGGUACUGCCGUUAAAUCGAAGAGAAAGAAACAAGUACAUACCUCUGACAUCCAUAAUUCUAAUUAAGAGUGAAAAGGUCAAGCUUACCAAGUCGGCAGUUUUUUUGUGCCUCAUGACCUUCAAACUCGGAAUCCACAUGAUGACAGACUACAGUUUAUACUGGGUUCUCAGCACAAUACGAUAUCACGGUCGAUUCCAGUCGAAGGUCGAAACACCGAAUUCUGUGGGAGUAUACGUGUCGGGAACCGGGUUUCUGGCGGAUUUGUAUCGAAGUAUUGUGCGAACGUUUUCACCCAAGGGGACUCAGAUCAACAUGGACACCAUGCCGUGCUUGCCAGACCCAAUUCCCCCCGAUUUAGACAGAUACACGCAAAUUAUGUCACUGAUAUUUCUUUGCUGGAUCAUGACCAUUUUCGAGCCCUACGGAUUGAGGCUAAGGCACGUUGUGAUGUGCUACUAUCAUCCAGAUCGUGCGAGGCAAAGGGCCGUCUGGCUCUACAAUCACAUAAUCAGGUCACGCGGUAGUUUCAUGAAAUAUGCGAGACGACAACUACGAAGAAAAUUCACAAAGUCGGAUAAGAUGAGGACUGAGAGAGUGACCCUCCGGGAACGACUGGUGGCGAUUUGUCCGAUCUUGCGGCAUUGCUGCGGAGCAGAGAAGGCUGUGUGCCUUUUGUGUGGGGCCGUUGAGCAGGACGAUCAACCUCUGAUAAAAUGUCCGAAGCCAGCCUGCGUAGGCUUAUUCUGUGUCCAGUGUUUUGCAGAUUUACAAAACCGCUGCACUAUUUGUUUGGAACCAAUCGAUUACGGUGAUCUCUCUGACAUCAGCGAGGAAAGGUAUAAGAUCAAUAUCGAUGCCUCACGAUGCCGUCACUGAAAAUAACUUGCUCAUUGCUCAUGUCUAUACAGAGAUUCUUCAGAUGGUCAGGAGCCGCUACCCUGUGGACAAAAGCUGAUCGAAAAGUUGAGAGAAGAUGCUUUGCGAAGGGAACAAAU